UUAAAUGUUUUCUACCAACUUUUAGAAAUUUACUUCCUAACCAUCAAUCUGUAUGCUAUCCUAAUUCCCUGCAGAAAUCAUUUUUUUUUUUGGAAGAUUCUAGGUCACAGACGUGGUAUCAUGGGAUCAAUGGAAGGGUACAACAUAUCUUCCAUGGAUUUUACCUUCAUGGGGUUGUUCAACAGAAAGGACAUAUCAGGCCUUCUUUUUGCCAUCAUCUCUACCAUCUUUUUUACCGCGUUGAUAGCCAACGGAGUCAUGAUAUUCUUGAUCCGCACAGACUCACGCCUCCACACCCCCAUGUACUUCCUACUCAGCCACCUCUCCUUCAUUGACAUGAUGUACAUCUCUACCAUUGUGCCCAAAAUGCUGAUGGAUUUUCUUCUGGAUCAAAGGACCAUUUCCUUUGUGGGGUGCACAGCUCAGCACUUCCUCUAUCUCACCCUUGUGGGAGCUGAGUUCUUCCUCCUGGGCCUCAUGGCCUACGAUCGCUACGUGGCCAUCUGUAACCCCCUCCGCUAUCCUAUCCUCAUGAGCCGCCGUGUUUGUUGGAUGAUUAUAGCAGGUUCCUGGUUUGGGGGCUCUUUGGAUGGAUUCCUUCUGACCCCUAUCACCAUGAGUUUCCCCUUUUGCAGUUCCCGGGAGAUUAACCAUUUCUUCUGUGAGGCACCUGCAGUCCUGAAAUUGGCUUGUGCAGACACAGGUCUCUAUGAGACAGUGAUGUAUGUGUGCUGUGUUUUGAUGCUUCUGAUUCCUUUCUCAGUGGUGAUUGCUUCCUAUGCCCAAAUCCUGACCACCGUCCACCGCAUGAGCUCAGUGGAGGGGAGGAAGAAAGCAUUUGCCACCUGCUCAUCUCACAUGACAGUGGUGACCCUGUUCUAUGGGGCUGCCAUGUACACCUACAUGCUGCCACACUCUUACCACAGGCCAGAGCAAGACAAAGUUUUCUCUGUGUUCUACACCAUCCUCACACCCAUGCUUAACCCACUCAUCUACAGUUUGAGGAACAAGGAUGUGACUGGAGCUAUGAAGAGGGCACUGGGCAGGUUCAAGGGUAAACAAAGGGUGUCAGGGGAUACAUUUUAACACUUAGCUCUUUACCAUGCAGAUGGUCAUUGGAAGCCUCUGUUGUCAGUGUGGCCAUGCUCUCAAUGAAAGAUUAAACUGGAGGGCAGG